GUUCAAUCGUACAGAAAGAAACAUCAAAUCAUUCCAUUAAAUAGUUUGCUUCUCUUCUCUCUCUCAUAAUAUUUGUCCGAUCGAGCAGCUUAUAGUAAUUUAUAUAUCACCGGUUUAGUAUUGGUACGAUGAUGAUGAAGCAACAAGAUUCGUCAGCUCAACAACCUGAAAUUGCUAUAAUCGUGGGCGGUUCUUCUUCAUCUCCUCCUCCUCAGGCUGAUCAUCAGGUGCAAGAAAAAUCUACUGAAGAUGCACCGAGGAGCGGAACCCACUUGGAUCUUUCUAUACAGAUACCCACUAAACCAAAGAGUUCACUGAAGUCCACAAGUUCAUUCAAAACCGUUAGUACAUCCUCACCAAGAGGGAUCUUGCGCAACCUAAGCUUCAAGAAGAAAGCUGUAGUAGCUCAUCCGCAAAGCGAGAGAAGCUCUCUACUAUCUCCUCCCCAUCUCAUGGAAACACCUAUAAAGCCUAAUAUCACUUCCGGUUCAACACCUUCUCCUUAUUGGAAAAGAUGCUUGUCCCUUCCAACUAGACAUGCUUCAAAGCUGUCUCCUAAGGCAUCUGCACAUGUUUCAGUUGAACCACCUAAUCAGGAAAAAGGAGAAAAAGAAGAUUGUAUUCUGUUACAGAAAGAUUCAACUUAUCCAUCAGUUUCAAGGUCCUUGUCCAUGCCUGGGAGGAACAUAGUGAUCGUGAGAUCCAUUUCCUUUGACAACCACAAAGCUCAUGUUUCCUCUGAGACAGAUCAAACCUCUCAUGUUCCCACGGAAGAAACAGAUGAAGAGAUUCCAGAAGAAGAAGCGGUGUGCAGAAUCUGUCUAGACGUGUUGGAAGAAGGCAACACUCUGAAAAUGGAGUGCAGCUGCAAAGGCGAUCUCAGACUUGUUCACGAAGCGUGUGCCAUCAAGUGGUUUAGCACAAAGGGGACGAGAACCUGUGACGUUUGCAGACAAGAAGUCCAGAACUUACCGGUUAUGUUGCUUCGUGUGCCGACGACUAACCAAUCAAACAACAGACGUGCUCGCGGUCAACAGAAUAUACAGUCACAAACCGCUAGUGCUUGGCAAGAGUUUGUGGUGCUAGUUCUGAUCAGCGCAGUCUGUUACUUCUUCUUCCUCGAGCAGUUACUGAUUAGGGACUUGAACACGAAAGCCGUCUACAUAGCAGGACCGUUUUCAUUAACGUUGGGACUCUUAGCAUCUGUUUUCGCCAGUGUCCUUGCUAUUAGAGAGUACAUAUGGACAUAUGCAGCACUUGAGUUUGCGCUUGUGGGCAUCUUGGUUCAUCUACUAUAUACUAUAGUGAGAGUAUCUGCAAUCUAUGCUAUACUUUUUGCAGGGGUACUUGGUUUUGGGAUAGCAGUGUGCCUUAACUCAUUGUACCUUUAUUAUUUCGCUUGGCGUGUACGUCUUGCUGCACAGAACUCACUUCCAGUUUGAAAUCUCUUUUCAUGUUGGCUGUUCGUUGAGUUUGUACCGUGGAAAAAAAGAAGGUGGUUAAGGUGUUGUGACUUGUAAAAUGUAAAUAUAUAUAACCACUCUUCUUCCAAUAUGUAAGGUGAAGGUGUUUCUUU